AAUUGAAUUUUGACUAAAUCAGUUGGUGAAGGAUUUUUAAUAAGUAGGUAAUAAAACAAAAAAACAUACAGUAUAAUAAUUAUACUUAUACACAUUGUUUAAAUAUAAUAAAUUUAUCAAACGGCAGUGCGUUUGAAUACCACAUAAAUAAUUUAUUAUUGAAAUCGCUGAAUAAUAUUAUCAGGUAAAUUCAGAUCCACCCCUUCAUAAAGAUAGGUAAUUAUCUAAACAUAACAACCUGUCUUGGUCAAACCACCUCAUCAUGUUUGCUCUAAGAAUAGAUGGUUUUUCCAAAACAUUCAAUUGGUUAGGUAAAGAUCUAUUAAUCUCAAUAUAAUCAUUAUUGCAACAACUGGCUUAGAAGAUGUUUUCGAAAGUUAUACUGUUAUCACUUUUCUUUAUUCUUGAUGUCCUUGCUCAAGAACCUUUAUACUUAGCGGAAAAUAUUAUUGACGAACUUAGUUCUUUACCAUCGACUGAAAAUUCACAAGCUUGCUUAUGUGUUCCGUACUGGCAGUGCAAAGAUGAUUUCAGUGGUUUAUUGGAUGAUGAAGCCGAUUUAAUAGACGUAAGAUUUUUGAAAGAAAGUCCCGAAAAUGGAACAUCUUGUUCAGGUGAUUUCGACGUUUGUUGUAAGCUGGAAUGCGGACGUAGCAAUCGCGACCUUAGAUUUCGCUCUAUACGCAAACAAAAUAAACGUCUAGAUUUUCGAAUUUUGGGCGACAACAACGAUGCUGAAUUUGGAGAAUUCCCAUGGAUGCUGGGAAUCCUGGAGCAGAGGGUUUACCGGUGUGGAGCAUCCUUAAUUCAUCCCCAAGUGGCAUUGACCGCAGCCCAUUGUGUUUCCCCCAACAAAAAGUACAAAAUUCGCGCUGGAGAAUGGAAUUGGGAAAGUCAAUCUGAACCCUUACCACAUCAAGACCGGUGGAGCGCAAAGAUCAUAGUUCAUCCACAAUACAACAACAGAUCAUUGAAAAAUGAUAUCGCCUUAAUAAUCACCGAUACACCUUUUAAAAUUGGACAAAACGUGGGCAUAAUAUGUUUACCCCAGUCAGUUACCAAUUACGAUCCAGAAAACUGCAUAGCCUCUGGAUGGGGUAAAAAUUCUGUUCAGAAAGGGUCUUAUCAAUCGACUUUAAAAAAAGUUCAGUUGCCAAUAGUCAAUUCUAUUGAAUGUACCGAAAAAUUACGAAAUGCCCGACUGGGCCCUUACUUUAAUCUUCACAAAAGUUUUAUAUGUGCUGGGGGCUAUGCUAACAAGGACACUUGCAAGGGGGAUGGGGGUGGUCCCCUAAUUUGUGCAACAAAAGGUGCUACCGACAGAUACCAACAAGUGGGAAUCGUUUCGUGGGGUUUAACAUGCGGACUCAAAAAUACUCCAGGAGUUUAUACGAAUGUUGGCCUUUUUGUUGAAUGGAUUGAUUCUCAGAUGGGCAGAAACAAUUUUGAUAGCACGGUUUAUAAACUGUAAAAUGCAUACUUGAAUAAUUCAGAGAUAUCGUAUACCUAUAUGCUUUAUUUUUGAGUUGAGUAUGUGAUUUUAAGAAAUGUAAAUAUCGAUUAAUUUAAAAAGUUUGUCUGUGAUUUGUUUACAUUAAAUAAUAAAAUGUAAAAUCUUUUCAACAGCAUUU